UCGCAGAGCAUGGCAGCAGGCAACAUAAGCAUUUUAGUGAUAUGAUAAAGAGGAAACAGGUAUGUCAGCUCUUUGUCCACCACCAUCUCCUGCAGUUGCAAAAACAGAGAUCUCUUUGAAUGGCGAGUCACCUUUAUUAGCUGCCACUUUUGCUUACUGGGACAAUAUUCUUGGCCCCAGAGUGCGACACAUCUGGGCCCCAAAGACCGAGCAGGUACUUCUCAGCGAUGGUGAAAUAACGUUUCUUGCUAACCACACCCUGAAUGGGGAGAUACUUCGGAAUGCAGAAAGCGGUGCAAUAGAUGUGAAGUUUUUCGUCUUGGCAGAGAAAAGAGUAAUCAUUGUGUCAUUAAUCUUCGAUGGAAACUGGAAUGGAGACAGAAGCACGUACGGACUGUCAAUUAUACUUCCACAAAGUGAACUUGGCUUCUACCUGCCUCUUCACAGAGUGUGUGUGGAUAGGUUAACACAUAUUAUAAGGAAAGGAAGAAUAUGGAUGCAUAAGGAGAGGCAAGAACAUUUCCAGAAGAUUGUCCUGGAAGGCACGGAGAGAAUGGAGGAUCAGGGCCAGAGCAUCAUUCCAAUGCUAACAGGAGAAGUUAUUCCCGUAAUGGAACUCCUUUCCUCUAUGAAAUCACACAGUGUUUCAGAAGAAAUAGAUAUAAGUGAUACGGUGCUAAAUGAUGAUGACAUUGGGGAUAGUUGCCAUGAAGGCUUUCUCCUCAAUGCAAUUAGUUCACAUCUGCAGACCUGUGGUUGUUCUGUAGUUGUAGGAAGCAGCGCAGAAAAAGUUAAUAAGAUUGUGAGAACAUUGUGUCUGUUUCUUACGCCAUCAGAACGGAAGUGUUCCAGACUCUGUAGAAAUGAGUCUUCUUUCAAGUAUGAGUCGGGACUUUUUGUUCAAGGAUUACUCAAAGAUGCAACAGGAAGCUUUGUGUUGCCCUUCCGUCAAGUAAUGUAUGCUCCGUAUCCUACUACACAUAUAGAUGUAGAUGUCAAUACAGUGAAGCAGAUGCCUCCUUGUCAUGAACACAUCUAUAACCAACGACGAUAUAUGAGGUCUGAGCUGACAGCCUUUUGGAGAGCUAAUUCAGAUGAAGAGAUGUCUCAGGAUCCUAUUAUCCACACAGAUGAGAGUUUCACACCUGAUUUAAAUGUCUUUCAAGAUAUCCUGCAUCGAGAUACAUUGGUAAAAGCCUUCCUGGAUCAGAUCUUUCACCUGAAACCUGGCUUAUCUCUAAGGAGUACUUUCCUUGCACAAUUUCUGCUAGUCCUUCACAGAAAAGCCUUGACUUUAAUAAAAUACAUAGAGGAUGACACGCAAAAAGGAAAAAAACCUUUUAAGUCUCUUCGUAGCUUAAAGAUAGACCUUGACCUAACAGCAGAGGGCGAUCUUAACAUAAUAAUGGCCUUAGCUGAGAAGAUUAAGCCAGGUCUGCAUUCCUUCAUCUUUGGGAGACCAUUCUACACUAGUGUACAAGAACGUGAUAUGCUGAUGACGUUUUAAAGUUCUCCGCUGUUGAUGUGUAAUAUUGGAGUCUUGCAUGCCAGUAAAAGAAAUCAGUGUGAAUGCCACAUUUCUGACAAUCACUGAUCUGAUUUAUAACGGAGCAAUAGUUACAAAGUAACACUACAGGAUGUCAGAAGCAGGAGGAAACGUUAUCAGAGGAAAUAUCGACUUAACUAGAAAAGCAUGAUUUUAAUGAACUCAUUUCUUUUGUCUGCUUUUUUAACAGUAAAAAUAAAUACUACUAUAAGUUCUUUUGUGAUAUGGGCUCAAUAGAAAAAUUAGAACAUGUUUUGCUUUGAGGGUGGUGUUUUUAUUUUCCUUCCCCAUUGAAUUCCUUCAGGUGCCUGCUGGUUUUCCCCUGUUCUGCUGUCCUUAUUUCUAGUGUUUCCACAAAAAGCAAUGUAUCUGUCCUCUCUAAUCAUAGGGGCUGGAGGAUGGGGUCUUUCCAAAAGUAUCAAGAAGUUUUUAAAAGUGUUCUUAUAUAUAGGUGGCGCAAAUCUGAAAUAUGCUUUCCUUGGUCUCCCUUUCUAACACUAGUGGCUCCUUCACUUAGAGCAUUUAAAGGGAUUUAUUUUUUCUAAAGUACAGCACGGUGCUGUCCUUGUGGACAAACUGUUGACUGUUAGCAUAAAUAGCAGCACUCUGCACAUGGGAACUGGGUCCUUAUUUAAACUCUUUUGUUGGUUUAAGUACCAAUCAGGAUAUUCUGCCACAGGUUGCUGGGCAGUUAAGUGUUCAAUAAUCCAGCAUAACUGAGCUCUUUCAAAACAUGAAACAAAAUUUGUUUGUGUCAUUCAGCUGCUGUUGUCAGUCUUUGGCUGGUAAGUGCUGCUGUUUUCUCCGUUGUUAAGUUUAUACAAGGGUGAGAUUAAAACAUUAGACCGUCCCACAGAGCACCAAGGUGAUAGCCAAACAAGAAGAUAAAACAGUGUGGUUUUUUGCCUUUAAUAAUAGUCAUCCUUAAUUCAGGAGUCAGUACAACUAUGACCUUAAGAGAGUAGCAUUUUACCAAGUGAGUUUUAGUGAAACUCCAUCGUUUCCAACUUUGCUUUGCUUGAAAAUAAAUAAAAGGAAGUCCAGAAAGUCUUCUAUUUGUAUGCCUUAAGCUUUCUUCUUCAGUAACAUGAAAAGUAGUAUAGUGUGUCAGGUUACGUAGACUCAGUUUUUUUGACACUUUGGCACUUGUUUAUUGUGUGCUGUACUGAAACUGGUGAUGUGCAUCUGUAUCGCUUGAUGGUAUAUUUCUAUUGCUUUCGGACAAAGGCAGGAAUAUAUGUCAUGUUUUACUGUAACCGCAUAACUAGUUAUUAAUCAUAAAAGAACAGCUCUUGUGAUUUGAAAAGCUGCUAUUGCUUUAUUGCUGAAAUUGUUUAUAGCAGUCCUUGGAGGAAAGAUUCCUGAUUUCAAGAUAGAUUUUAGUGUCUCUUCUAUGAAAUGAGACAUAAAAUUAACAAUUCAGACUCAUAAUGUUUUCUGAAAUUUCAAAUAUUCUGAUCUUAAAUAGAAUACUGUAGUUUUUAACACAUCCAGAAUUCUUUUACACUUCAUGAAAAGGAAAGAUUUACCAUUAAAAAGUGACAGCUUCUAAAGAAGGGGAGCUGCAUACCGUUUUUAUGAAUGAAAAAUCAGCCUUACCUGAUUCAGUAAGUAGUUACAAGUAGUUACAUCUUGCUCAGUCUUCUCUCUCCCUGUCUGUCUGUCUGUCUCUCCCUGUCUUUAAUACACUUAUGGUACAAAACUGGCAAGAUGAGCACAGCUUUUCAUCAGGAGAACUUGUCAGAAUUAUGCUGAUGUAAGUCACCUGUGCUGAGAUCCUGUUUUGUCUUGCUACCAGUUUUCUUUCCUUCUGCACUUUACUUAAUAUAUCCAUUAGAAAAGAGGGUGAUUGGUAAGUUUUUACUCUCAUGUCUAAGACUGGGUCGGCGGGAAAGUAAUAAACACUUCUGAAACUUACAGAGAAGUGGUUGAAUUAUAAAUAGCUUUAAAUGUGGUGCUGGAAUCAAUCACUUUAGCUUGAUAAACAUUGGAAACUUAACACUGACACUACUAAUAAAGCUCUAAUUGUUUAUUGAACGUGCUGUCACUUUUUGACUAAAUGCUGGAAACUUCAAUUACUACUUUUGUUACACUGCUGUCAGUGCGGAAUGUAUUGUGAAGUAAGUUACUAAAUGCAUCUGCAUGUUGUGUUGUAAAUCUUGCUCAGGAAAGGAUUUAAUAAAAUUCAUACAGAAUUUUGGCCUUGAAUUUCUGCUGAAAAUUUUCAAAGAACUAUUG